AUGAGUUUAUAUGCUUUUGAAGAGUCUUUAAUUAAAGCAAUACAAGAAGGUGAUUUAAAAAUGAUAGAACAGCUUCAACUUACGUCAAUUGAUGUUAAUAGAAAAUUAAUGAUUCAUCAUAAAGUUCCUGUUCAAAAUAUUCAUUUGAAAAGAGUAUUUCCGGAAUUAAUUGAUCCAACACCAGUUAUUUUUGCUAUUGCAUGUGAAAAAAGCGAUGUUUUAUAUUACUUCAUCGAAAAUCUUCAUCCAGAUUUAUCAAUAUGCUGCAAUGGAUGGGCUCCUAUACAUUAUGCUGCAAUUAUUGAAGAUCCGAGAUGCAUGCAAAUCUUACUUAAAACUGAAUUUGUUCAAACUAAUGUAGAUUUUCCAAUACAAUCAGUUUUAUCAAAAGAUAUUAGUCUCACUGCAUUAAAUAUCGCAGUUUCGUAUAGCAGACAUGGACAAGCUUUACUUUUAACUCAAAAUUUCAUCCAACCAGAAUUUGACUUAGAAGGAAACAGAAUUUUAUUCAAAAAUACACCAGUCAUUGAUGAAUCUUCCAUACUUCCUGCUGAUUGUCUUCAUAAAACAGUCAGCGGCAACACUCCACUCCAUAUCGCCACAUACCGCAAUGAUUGGGACAUGUGCCAGAUCUUAAUGUCUGUUAUGCCUGAUGUGAAUGUACUUAAUGAUAAAGAGCAAACUCCAGCAGAACUUGCAAAAUUAUAUAAUCAUAAUGAAUUGGCAGAAAAGCUUACCAAAGCAGAGUUAGAUCCUAUAGAAACUCUUAUUGCCAAAUAUCUCACCAAACCAAGCAAGCCGAAAUGUCCAUGCGAUGAAAUACCAGCUAGUGAGGAAUCUGUUGAAGAAAUCCGCGAAAAUAUUAAUACCCUUAAGGAGACGAUUAAUAACCUUUACGCAACAAUAGAUUCUCUCAGCAACAAUAAAUGA